UCCAAAUUCUCGCCCGCGUGACUGAAGAAAAUGCUCAGGUGUAUUAGGGCUUACAAAAAAUUAGAACCAAUUCAAAUAGCAGCUAAUUAUUUGGAGCACGUCAAAAAAAUUGGUGAGCCUCAUUAGGACUACUAGCCGAACGCGCCCUACAUCCACUUGCCGCCGUGCACCAAGAUCUGGCACACACAUCGAUGUGUAAAGUAGUGCGCCGUUUGCUGUGGUGAGCAUAAUUUGGCCUGCCUGAUCCACGAGCUAGCCAGUCAACGAUCCAUGGCCGCCGCCGGCGGCGAGGCGUCAGGAGCGGCGGCGGCUGUGGCAAAGGAAGACGUGGAGGCAGAUGUCGUGAUCGUGGGCGCCGGCAUCGCGGGGCUGGCGACUGCGCUGGCGCUCCGUCGGGCGGGCGUGGCGCGCGUCGCCGGCCGCGGCGGCGUCGUGGUGCUGGAGCGGCACGCGGAGCUGCGCGCCACGGGCGCCGCGCUCACCAUCUUCCCCAACGGCUGGUUCGCGCUCCGCGCGCUCGGCGUCGCGCACAAGCUCACCUCCCGCUACAACGCGUACGAAACAUCCAAGGUGACCAAUCUUGAGAGCGGAGCGACGCAGGUGUUUCGCUUUGCCGGGAACAAAGGCAGUGGUGGAGUGAAAGUGAGGCCGGUGGACCGAAAGGCGCUGCUGGGGGCGCUUGCGGAGGAUCUGCCGCCGGGCACCAUUCGAUUCUCGUCCAAGCUCGUCUCCAUCGACACCGAACCUGCAAUCGGCGACUCGUCAGAGACAGUCGUCCUACGGUUAAACGAGGGCACCGUGAUCCGAACCAAGGUCCUGAUCGGGUGCGACGGCGUACACUCUGUGGUGGCGCGGUGGCUGGGCAUGUCGGAGCCGGCCAGCUCGGGCCGGUCCGCCGUCCGCGGGCUCUCCGUGUACCCCCACGGGCACAGCAUGAAGCGGGAGCUCCGUCAGUUCCUCUCGGAGGGUCUCAGGGCCGGCAUGGUGCCCAUCAGCGACACCGACAUCUACUGGUUCCUCGUCAACAACACCGUCGCUGUAGAGAAAGAAGCCGCCACGGACCCGAUUAAAACCAUACGGGAGGUCAGUGACAACCUGGCCAAGCACAUGCCCGCGGAGUACCUGGACGUGGUGCGCCACUCUGACAUGGGCAACCUCUCAUGGGCUCCACUGUUGUACCGGAACCCAUGGUCCCUCCUCACCGGCAAGGCAGCCCGCGGACCCGUGACGGUGGCCGGCGACGCGUUCCACCCCAUGACGCCCGACAUGGCGCAGGGCGGGUGCUCCGCGCUGGAGGACGCCGUCGUGCUCGCCCGCGCCCUGUCGCAGGCGGCCACGCCGGCCGAGGGCGUCGCCGCGUACGUGGCGGAGCGGCGCUGGCGCGCGGCCUGGCUGGUGGCCGGGGCCUACGUGUCGGGCUGGGUCCAGCAGGGCGGGACCAACGUCCGCGGCGUACGCGGGUAUUUGGUCAAGCUGUUCCGGGACUGGGUGUUCUACCCGUUCGUGUUCCCCAGGCUCGCGGACACCAUGUGGUACGACUGCGGCGACCUGACGGCGCCGCGCGAGGAAGGCAAGAGCCACACCCAGUGAAAAGGGCCGUAACACCCUGCAGGCAUUCAGGCUUGUAAUAGAGAUAACUAAGUAACUCUGCUACUUAAAUAUACACUAUAUAAGGUGUGAUAGAAUAAAG